CACAUAUACACUCCCACAGCCUCAAGAGAGCACACACACAUGCACAUGCUUCACUUCCUCCCCAGAGCCCACUUGGGUGAAGACAGCAUGGGCGGCUGUGAGCUGUGAGGAUGGAGAAGAGAGUGUGUGUAAUCCAGACUGACUUCCACCAAUACAGACCCACCAUCGCUCUGCACAGCAGACCUCUGGCACACCAGCACAUUCACACACAGGAGACAGGGAUGAGGGAGAGAGAGGAGCUGAGGAGAGCCAUAGAGCAGAGUGACCGACUCCUCUCAAAAGUCCGCGAGCUAGAGGAGCAGAACACCCAACUUAACAAGGAAAAGAAUGAGGUGGCCACUAAAUACCAAGCUGAGCAAGAGAGCGCUCAGGCAUCGGAGCAGCGCUGCGUCCAGCUGGAGAAGGCCCGGCGUGAGCUGGAACGACAGCUAUCAGGCCUGUCAGACCGUCUGGAGGAGGAGGAGGCCUGCUCAACCCAGCUAGCCCUCCACAGGGACAGGCUGGAGACUGAGUGCGGCAACCUCAGACGAGACCUGGAUGAACUGGAGAACGUCCUCACUGCAGCGGAACAGGAUAAACAGUCAUCAGACAGUGAGGUGAGGAGGCUGUCGGAGCAGCUUUUUCAGACGGACGAGGCGGUGCAGAAGCUCAGAAAGGAAAAAGAACAUCUAGUGGAGCUCAGCGAGCAGCAGGCCAUUGAGGACCUGCAGAGCGAGGAGGAGAAGGUGAACCUGCUGACCAAAGAGAACACCAAGCUACAGAUGCAAGCUGAAGAGUUGGAGUACCAGCUGGAGCAGGAGCGCCGUCAGCGUGGUGAGCUGGAGAAGAGCAGGAGGAAGCUGGAGGGUGACAGCAGAUCCACUCAGGAGAGUUUGGGAGAGAUGGAGAAGAUGAGGAGCGGUCUGGAAGACCUCAUCAAAAGGAAGGACUUGGAGAUCAGCAGUACCAGCUCCAAGCUAGAAGCAGAGGAGGCCCUCAACAUCGGGCUGCAGAGGAAGAGCAAAGAGCUGCAGGCUCGCAUUGAGGAGCUGGAGGAGGAGCUGGAGGCUGAGCGGGCCAUGAGAGCCAAGGUGGAGAAGCAGAGAGCAGAUCUAUCCAGAGAACUGGAUGAUCUCACUGACCGACUGGAGGAAGAAGGAGGGGUCACUGCCUCGCAGAUAGAGGUGAACAAGAAGCGAGAGGCCGAGCUCCAGCGUCUGAGGCGAGACCUGGAGGAGACCUCUGUCCAGUCUGAAGCGCUAGCUGUGAUGCUGAGGAAACGGCACAGCGAUGCCAUGGUGGAACUGAGCGACCAGUGUGAGGCACUGCAGCGGGCCAGGGCCAAACUGGAGAAGGAGAAGCAGAAGCUGAGGAUGGAGGUGGAUGAGCUGGCCGCUUCACUGGACAGUCUGCAGAAAGCCAAGACAUCUUCAGACAGCCAGAUAAAGAAGCUGGAGGAGCAGUUGUCUGACGCCAACAGGAGAGGAGACGACCUGCAAAGGACGCUCACUGAGCUCAGUGUGGCCAAGAACAGACUCACAGCUGAUAACGCAGACGUGAGUCGACAGAUGGAGGAGGCGGAAGGCAGAGCCAGCCAGCUGAGCCGCUCCAAGACUGUGCUCCAGUCCCAACUGGAGGAGCUCAAGAAACAGUUGGACGAGGAGGUCAAGUGUAAGCAGACGGUCAGCGGCAGUCUGAACUCAGUGCGGCAGGAGUGCGAGGUGCUGAAGGAGCAGCUGGAGGAGGAGCAGGAGAGCAAGCAGGAGCUGCAGCGCCUUGUCUCCAAACUCAACAGUGAGGUGACACACUGGAGGACCAAACAUGAGGCCGACACCAUCCAGCACGCCGACGAGCUGGAGGACACCAAGAAGAAGCUGGCAUCACGGCUACAGGAGGCAGAGGAGGCUGUGGAAGCUACCCAGGCCAAAUGUUCCUCCCUGGAGAAAACCAAACAGAGGCUGCAGGGAGAAGUGGAGGAGCUCUGCAUGGACCUGGAGAAGGCCAGCAGCUGUGGGCAGGCUCUGGAUAAGAAGCAGCGGGUGCUGGAGAAGCAGCUCGGAGACUGGAGGCAGAAGUGUGAGGAGCUGGUGGCCGAAGUGGAGGGCUGCCAGAAGGAGAGCAGGCAACACGCCAGCGAGCUCUUCAAACUGAAGACGACACAUGAGGAGUCUCUGGAGCAGCUGGAGGCUUUACGCAGGGAAAACAAGGCCUACCAGGAGGAGAUAGCUGACCUCACAGACCAGCUGUCAGAUGGAGGUAAGAGUGUCCACGAGCUCCAGAAAGCAAAAAAGAAGAUCGAGAUGGAAAAAGAGGAGUUACAGGCCUCACUGGAAGAGUCUGAGGCAGCUUUAGAGGCUGAGGAGACCAAGGUACUGAGGCUGCAGCUGGAGUUGUCUCAGGCUAGAGGAGACCUGGAACGCAGACUUCAGGAGAAGGAGGAAGAGAUCGAAGCUGCGAGAAAAAGCCACCAGAGGGCGCUGGAGUCCCUGCAGGCCAGUCUGGAUGUGGAGGUGAAAGGCAGAGCAGAGGGGCUGAAGCUGAAGAAGAAACUGGAGGCCGACAUCAAUGAACUGGAGCUGCAGGUGGACCUGUUCACCAAGAACAACGCAGAGCUCAGCAAGAACAGCAAGAAGGCGCAGCAGCAGAUCAAGGAGCUACAGGUUCAGCUGGAGGAGGAGGUGCGCAGCCAUGAGGAGCGCAGGGAGGAGCAGGCAGCCCUGGAACGACGCUGCACCCUAUUGGUCAGUGAGGGUGAGGAGACGCGGUCAGCCCUGGAGAGCGCAGAGAGGGCCCGUAAGGUCCUGGAGACAGAGCUGCAGGACGCCAACGAGAAAUACAGUGACCUCAACAACCAGUUCCAGUCGGCUCUGAGUGGGAGGAGGAAGCUGGAGGUGGAUCUCCAGGCUCUGCAGCAGGAGCACGAGGAGCUGCAGGGGGAGUUCAGAGGAUUCACAGACAAGGCCAAGAAGGCCGGCUGUGAGUUGGCGCGAGUGGGGGAGGAGCUGCGUCUAGAGCAGGAGCACACGCUUCACCUGGAGAGAGUGAAGAAAGGUCUGGAGGCUCAGAUCAAAGACAUGAGCAGCAGGCUGGACGAGGCCGAGCAGAUGGCUCUGAAAGGAGGCAAGAAGAUCAUCCAGAAGUUGGAGGCAAAGGUGAAGGAGCUGGAGCUGGAGCUGGACUCGGAGCAGAAGCGGCACGCUGAGACGGUGAAGACGCUCAGGAAGAAUGAGCGCCGGCUGAAGGAGCUGCUGUUCCAGUCCGAGGAGGACCAGAAGAACCAGCAGAGGAUGCAGGAGCUGGUGGAGAGGCUGCAGAACAAGAUGAAGGCCUACAAGAGACAAGUGGAAGAGGCCGAGGAACAAGCUAACAUGAACUUGGCAAAGUACAGGAAGACAGUCCAUGAGCUGGAUGACGCUGAGGAGCGAGCUGACAUCGCUGAGUCAGCACUCACCAAGAUCAGGACCAAGAACAGAGGCAGCUUUGGCAAAGGAUACUCCUCUGGUUACAGCACGCCGUACCCUGGCCUGGUCAGGUCCCCCAGCUCUGUGGGAUCAGAGGGCAGAGGAGAGAAGAUCCUCAACGACGACAACGAGUCUGUCAGCUCCCUCAUCCCGGCCUAUCUCAACUCCCUCAAGAAGCUCAUGAUCGAUUAGAAAGACAAACGAUGACAUCAACUCCUCCCUACAGGUGUGACAUCAUUCCAGCUCUGAUGUUAUUUGAAGAAAUCAAACAUGAUACAGUAUGAAGUUUGAAACAUCAGAGGCUGAAACUGUAUUUUCACCACACAUUCAGGUUAUAAACAAACCCGACAGUGUUUGUGUAGACUGUACGCUCCCGUUGAAUUGAUCUGAAAUAUAUUCACACCUUCCUGUUUGUGUAAUGACUGCAGUCUGUCAGAUCACACCUCUAAUAACACACUCCAGCUUUAUUCCAACACAUUUUUAUAUCCACUUCAUAGUGUCAUAUUUGUAUGUAAAAACAGAUUGAGUAUGGAUAGAUGUUUCUAAAUUCCCACUCAAGUGAAAGGUGGCACUUUAUAAAUCAAUUAUAAGUCAUUUUUAAGCCUUUUUGUAAGUCUUUACAUACUUUUGAAGCUGCCAAUCUAAAGUAUAAAAUACUCACCAUUUCCAAAUGCACAGUGUAUCGUCAUACAGUCAAAACAAUAUUAUAUCUACUCAUAUUGUGAAAUAAUGAAGCAAAACAAAUUAAAUACACUAAAUAUACUAUUUAUUGAAUAAUGUCUUACUUUAAUUACAUGAAUAACAUUCAAAACCUGAAACUUCAGUAACGUUAAAUCAGAUAUGACCUCAUCUAUACACUAGUUCCCUAACUGUUAAAAGGUAUACAGGUAUAUUCUCCUCCAAGUAAGCACCCUGUAACUUCAAAUAACUACUAACUUUUAUAAAGUGCUACUAACAUUAGGUCAAACUGGCAAAUAUCAGGGUUUUUUAGGCAACAAGGCUAAGAUGGCAGAUUAGCCAAGUCUUGAUUAGCUUUGUUGAUUCCCAACUUGCUGAAUAUCAAAAUACCAAACAUGGCUUUUUACACAUUAAGCUAUAAUCAACUAUUCUACUACUGAAUACUAUAUUUAUCCAAUUCCUUCUCAUUCACAAGCAAAACGAAUAAAAAACUUUUUAGAUGAAUACAGUUGACUACAACAGCAGCCAUUUUGGGUCAGGUUGAAACUGGUGAAUCUUGCAGCAGGUGUUGUCAGAUUUGUCUGAUAAAUUGUAAAGUAGUCCAUUAGUAGUUGCAUGUCAGUCAUAUUUGUGAAUGGCUAUUUCAUCUAUUGGCAUAAACUGGAAUAAUUGGAGCUGCAGUUUUAUAAAUGACUUACAACAGUGUAAGUCAACAGAUUAAUUAUAAAAAAUUUACAAAUGUGUAAAUGAUUAGAGCAUAACUAAUGGCUUAUAAAUGACGUAUAAUAAGAAUCAUUAUUUUUUGUGUUACUAAGAUGCAACAAGGUGCCAUCAUGUGUGGGUUAUUUAGGUCAAAUAUGAAAUGCAAUUUCAAUGUAUUCUACCUAAACUAUUUCAGGUUUAUCUCUGUCUGAACUUUUAACCGCAUCUUUAUUAUCGCUGCCUUCAACUGUAACAAGGCUUGACCAAACCAUUUUAUUGCUGAAUGUGAAAAUGUGUUUUUUAGGAAAUAAAAGACAUUUAUUGUA